UCAACAGAGACCAUCCACAAAGCCAUUGUCCAAUUUCGAUAUUUUCCGGCAUUGCCAAGCUUUUGUAUAUGCUUGGAAAUGACUCACGCUCACUGAUUCCCUUGGGACCUGUACCAUGGAAUAUACAUUAUUUUUGCACUUAUGUAUGGCGAUCAUUUUGUUGAGAUUAUUCGUUCGACUAAAAGGACUUUCGAACCAGCGCUGCCAUUUAAGCAUGGUUGACAAAUCCUUGCAGCAAUUCAUAUACUGCAGGCAGGAGGUUGAUACACGAGAUUUUCUAUCCUCUAUCAAUCAACCCCACAGCACCGACGACCCAAGGCCCAAGCGAACAUGCCCCAACACCCAGGGUUUUGGGAAUAUAAUGAGAUGCUUGGGUCCUUGGCUCUCAUUGUGGCGCGGGUGAUACCAUUGAGCGCCAUCACCCAGUCUUUGAAUGAGCAACGCCCCGUCCAGAACUGGACAAUAAUAAGGAGCCAGAGGAAAUGGUCUGUGAUUAAUGGAACUG